CCCCUCGCCAUCCCCCAACACCCCCGCCCUCGCGCCCUGCCCGGAGCCCCGGCCCCCGAGCCCCGGCCCCGCAGGCGCGUGCCAGUGAGCGCGCGGGGCGCGCCCUGGGGCUCCCGGGCGGCACACCCACUUUCCUUAUUAGGGCAGAGUCGACGCCCAGAGCGGGCGGCCGAGCGCGGGGGUGGGGCAGGGAGCCCAGGAAGGCGACAGCCGAGGGCGCAGCCACAGCCUCAGCCGCCUCCGAGCGGCAGGAGGGAACAGCGGUCGCUGCGCUCCGGCCAGCCAGUUUCCCGAGACCCCGCUUCUCUCCGCGGGGCAGAGAUCGUCCUCUGUGCCCCGCCGGGUACCCCUAGUCCAAACGUCUCUCAACGACAUGGAAGAAUUUUUGCAACGCGCCAAAUCUAAACUGAAUCGAAGCAAACGCUUGGAGAAGGUCCAUGUGGUUAUUGGACAUAAAUCGUGUGAGUUGGAUUCUCUCAUUUCCGCCUUCACGUACGCUUACUUUCUAGACAAGGUCAGUCCACCUGGAGUUCUCUGUUUGCCAGUGCUGAACAUACCAAGAACUGAAUUCAAUUACUUCACUGAGACGAGGUUUAUUUUAGAAGAGCUGAACAUCUCUGAAUCGUUCCACAUAUUCCGAGAUGAAAUUAAUCUGCAUCAGCUAAAUGACGAAGGGAAGUUAUCUAUAACGCUCGUUGGCAGCAAUGUGCUGGCGAGCGAGGACCAAACUUUAGAAUCAGCGGUUGUCAAAGUCAUUAAUCCGGUGGAGCAGAGCGAUGGUGGCCUUGAGUUCCGAGAGUCUUCCUCUUCCCUUGUGGUGAAAGAGAUUCUCCGGGAGGCUCCUGAGCUCAUCACCGAGCAGCUGGCUCAUCUCCUCAGAGGUAGCAUCCUUUUCAAGUGGAUGACCAUGGAAUCCGAGAAGAUCUCAGAGAAACAGGAAGAAAUUCUCUCUAUCCUGGAAGAAAAAUUUCCCAGCUUGCCUCCGAGAGAGGACAUCAUCAACGUCCUGCAGGAGACCCAAUUCAGCGCUCAGGGUUUAAGUAUUGAACAGACAAUGCUGAAGGACAUAAAAGAACUGUCCGAUGGAGAAAUAAAAGUGGCCAUCAGUACCGUGAACAUGACCCUCGAGAACUGUAUGUUUCACAGCAAUAUCAGCAGCGACUUGAAAGCAUUUGCAGACAAGUUCGGUUUUGACGUCCUCAUCCUCCUGGCCAGCUACCUGUCGGAGGAAGAGCAGCCGAGACGACAGAUUGCCGUGUACUCCCAGAACCUCGAGUUGUGCAGUCAGAUCUGCUGCGAACUGGAAGAAAGCCAGAACCCUUGCCUGGAGCUGGAGCCCUUUGAAUGUGGCUGUGAUGAGAUCCUGGUGUACCAGCAGGAGAACCCGUUGGUGACCUGUGAUCAGGUGCUCCUUCUCGUCAAGGAAGUCAUCAACAGGAGAUGUCCAGAGAUGGUCUCCAACAGCCGGACGUCCUCAACGGAAGCCGUGGCAGGCAGCGCCCCAUUGUCCCAGGGAUCUUCCGGGAUUAUGGAGCUGUAUGGUUCUGACAUAGAGCCACAGCCCAGCUCCGUGAAUUUCAUAGAAAACCCUCCAGAUCUCAACGAUUCUAAUCAGGCUCAGGUGGAUGUAAACAUCGACCUCGUCAGCCCAGAUAGCGGGUUGGCCACCAUUAGGAGCAGCCGUUCAUCCAAGGAGAGCUCGGUUUUCCUCAGUGAUGACAGUCCAGUGGGAGAAGGUGCUGGGCCUCACCACAGCCUCCUCCCAGGGUUUGACUCCUAUAGUCCCAUCCCCGAAGGAGCAGUCCCAGAGGAGCAUGCCCGGUCUGGAGAACACAGGGAAUCCUUUGACCUCUUCAACUUUGACUCAGCAACCAUGGCUUCUGGGCAGUCCCAACCAUCUUCUCAUUCUGCAGACUACUCUCCUGCAGAUGACUUCUUCCCCAAUAGUGAUUCAUCAGAAGGACAACCCCCGACAGGGCCUAAAGAAAUCAAUGGGAUAGGGAUGGACAUGUCCAAAUAUUCAUCCAGUUCACUUUUGUCAGAGGCUGGCAAAGAUGACCUUGUGGAAUUUGAUGAGGAAUUUGUUCAGAGACCAGAAAGUCCCGAGGAUAACUCUGAAAGAAAUGUGAGCCUGACAGGUUUUGUGGGAGAUAAAUCUCCUUCACCAGAAAGGCUGAAAAAUAUUGGAAAGCGGGUCCCACCAACACCUAUGAAUAGCUUUGUAGAAAGUUCACCAUCCACGGAAGAACCAGCUCUACUCUACCCAGAAAGUGUGACCCCAAAAGCAGUAGACACGGGUCACAUAGGGCCACCUCAGACCCGUGCACGGUGCAGCAGCUGGUGGGGUGGCUUGGAAAUUGACUCUAAAAAUAUUGCAGACACAUGGAGUUCUAGUGAACAGGAGUCUGUCUUCCAGAGCCCCGAGUCAUGGAAAGACCAUAAGCCAAGCCCAGUGGACAGGAGAGCCUCAGAUUCUAUAUUUCCACCAAAGAGUCUCGAAUUCCCAAAGUCAAGUCCCUGGGAGUCUGAAUUUGGUCAGCCUGGGCUGGGCAGCCAUAAUAUUCAGGACCAAAAUGAGGACCACUUACAGUGUCAGAACGUGCCCACAGAGAAAUCGAAUCUGCCCAGUGCUUCUCCUCAGGGGGCACACCACCUGAUCGAAGACUUUGCUGCCUUGUGGCGUUCUGAUCGCUCCCCCACGGCGAUGCCAGAGCCGUGGGGAAAUCCCACGGAAGAUGGGGAACCAGCCGCUGCGGUGUCAUUCCCAGCCUGGAGUGCAUUUGGUAAAGAAGAUGGCACCAAAGCUUUGGCAAAUACCUGGAAUCUGCACCCAACGAGCGGCGAGACGCCUUCUGUGAGGGACCCGAGCGAGUGGGCCAUGGCAAAAAGUGGGUUUUCUUUUCCCUCAGAAGACAAUUCACCCAGUGAGGCAAAUAACGAAGCGCCCCCAGAAAUCUGGGGUAAGAAGAACCACGACUCCAGGGAUAAUAUCCUUAUAUCUGGAAACCCCAGAUCCGAUCUGGACCACGCGUGGAAUGGUUCCAAACCGACAAAGGAAGAUCAGAAUGGCGUAAUGGAUCCCAAAAUUAGGGGGGAGGUGUAUGAAAAGGUAGACUCCUGGAACCUUUUUGAGGAGGGUAUCAAAAAAGGAGGGGCAGACGUCCUGGCACCUUGGGAAGAUUCCUUCUUAUACAAAUGUCCCGAUUACAGUGCAUCCAACAUAGGGGAAGAUUCGGUGCCCUCCCCCUUAGAUACCAACUACUCCACAUCUGACUCCUAUACUUCGCCAACAUUUGCUGGAGACGAGAAAGAAACAGAAAGCAAGCCAUUUGCUAAAGAGGGAGGUUUUGAGUCACAAGAUGCUAACUCUGCCACAGGGGAGACUGAAAGGCCUCCCCAGUCGCCGCAGCAGCCACCUAGAAAUCGAAUUAGUUCAGGUCCCGGGAACCUAGAAAUGUGGGGCUCACCGGAUGCAGAUAACAGUUCGGAGACAAAUGUCACUUACAACUCCGAGAAGGAUUUACUCAGGACGGAGCCCACAGAUGAUAAGAACAUCUCCAUGGAGGAUGACAUCGGGGAAAGCAGCCUGUCCAGUUACGACGACCCCAGCAUGAUGCAGCUGUACAAUGAAACAAACCGACAGCUCACGCUUCUGCACAGCAGCACAAACUCCCGCCAGGCUGCCCCUGACAGCCUCGACUUGUGGAACAGAGUGAUUCUGGAGGACACGCAGUCCACUGCAACCAUCUCCGAUAUGGAUAAUGAUUUGGACUGGGACGACUGUAGCGCGGGUGUGGCAAUCUCCAGUGAAGGUCAAGCACAAGGAUACAUGAUUGAAAGCGCUGAACCGGAGACCCGAUUUUCAGUGAGACAGCUGGAGCCAUGGGGUGUGGAGUAUCAGGAAGCAAAUCAGGGGGAUUGGGAACUCCCCGCACCUUCUGAGCACAGCAAGGACACUCCUGCCAAUGGAUAUCACACACUGAAUGAAAAAAGUGGACAGCUGAUCGCAGAUAGCAUUUGGGACUCCGUCAUGAGAGAUAAUGACAUGUCUUCGUUAAUGUUACCAGGCCCCUCAUAUGUCACAGAUUCUGAACAACACAAAUCUCCUUCUGGAACUCCCAACUCAUCAGAAAAAAUUAAGGACAGUUGUAUCCCAGACAUGCUAGAAGCCUCUGGAGCCGGCGAGUCAGGUGCACUUGAUCCUGAUAAGCAGGACCCGUGCAGAGGAACCCUGCCACAUGAUGCGACAUCCUUGGCAACCAACUUUGAGAAUCCAGGGCAUUUUGGACCCUCAGAUCCAUGGACAGGUCCUAGCUGUGGACAAAGCAAAGGUGAGGAGGAAGCCCAUGGAGCCACUGCUAGGGAGCACCUCCGUGAGGAGGAGAUGACAGACGGAGCUUCGGAGCAGUCUGGAAAAGGGCAAAGUGACCGGGAAGGCUCUUCCCCGGUUGCAUCUGAACAUCAAGAAAUCUGUGAUGAGUCCGGCAAAAUCAACUCUCUCUCAGUCCCUUCCAGCCCUCAGACUGAGGAACCCCAGGAGAUUUUAGAGCACGAGAGGGGGUCCUACAAUCCAGGUUCCUGUGAUGUGCGCGCAGAAGUGUCCACAAACGGCCUGCGGGCAGAAGAGACCUGUGACAAGCCCCUCCCGUAUCACAGAAAUUCAGAUGACGCCACUGACACUUCCAGUGGGCUUGGGCUGAAUUUAACAAAAACUGUAUCUUUCCCUGAAAUGAGUCUUGAGAGCACUGAAGAGUGUAACGUUCUGGAACCAGAGAGAGUGAACCAAGAGCCACGCCAUGAAUGUCCCCAAAGCCUUGACAUUUGGGAUGGCUCUGUAGACAGUGAUGUGCAGGUCGAUGUCCCAAAUUCUGAGAUUACUAAGAGUCUUGAAGUUGAGAGGACUGAAAACAGCCUUCCAGGAGCUUCUUCAUCAGGAAAUUAUCGCAGAGAUAGUAUUUCUAGUGAGUAUACACAUUCGAGUGCAUCGAGUCCUGGCCUUAAUGAUUCCUCAGCUCCAUUGCCUUCCUGGGAACAUGGACCCAAUAUGGGGCAUCAGGAGCAGAAGCAAGAUGAUUGGAGCAAACAGAGUCACCAAGAAUCUGAACUAAUUACUACUGAUGGCCAAAUAGAAGUAAUUACUGAAAUGGAGGACCUGGACAAAAACAGAAUGGACAGGUUUGAAAAGAGCUUAGAUCUCAAGGUUCCUAAAUUUUUAGAGAUUUGGAAUGACUCAGUAGAUGGCGAUUCCUUUUCGUCUGUAUCCAGCCCUGAAACAGGCAAAUGUUCUGAGUAUUCCGAGGCAUAUCAGGAAAGGUGUCUAGUGGUUAGCCAUCAGGAGAAAAAUGACCAUGACCUUCCUAAAACCGUGCAGCCAGAGGAUGCCAAGUUCAUUUCAACAAGUUCAGGUUCUGAUGACGACAGCAUAGGUGAUGAAGAGUCAGUGGAGAAAGAGGUCCACUUGGGCACUUGCCAAGUUGCUCAGAGCGACCCCAGAGCUUGGGAUUCAGUGAAUGAACCUAAUAAGUUCUUGGCCACCGCUGAUCCCAAGUCUGAGGAGUGUCCUGCGUAUGUAGGCAAUUCAGAAGCAAGAGAGAACAAGCCAGACCCAUUCUGUGACAACCAACAAAGCAGCCCCGAUCACUGGAAUUUCUCACCGCUAAAGGAGACCGAACUACAGGUUACAGCAGUGGAUACAGAGAUGAGAUCUUCUCCAGAAACAGGGAAGACGGGAGAGACCACCUGGCAGCUAUCUCCCCAAAGCGAAUCAAAGAAUGAGAAUUAUUCCAAACUGGAAACACUUGGCUUCUCAGCUGAGCACUCCGAGCGGUGGAAUGCCUCUCUACAAGAAGGACGACCGAUGGAGAGCACAUUUGAAAGGGAAUUGCCCAACCCAAGUAGUGUGUUAGAGAUGAAUCCUUCAGUAUACCACAAAGUGGGUCCCUGGGGAGUACCCACCCAGGGUGAUAUUGAACCCAUGGAAACGCAUUGCACUCAGCCCUUCGGUGAUGAACAUCGGUCACCCUUUCUGGAGAGCAAUGAGGAGAACUCCCAUGAGCAACUCUGGAACAUUCAACCGAGACAGCCAGACCCAGAAGCGGAUCAGCUUGGCCAGCUUGUGAUACUGGACCAAAUCAAAGAAAAGGAUGCUAGAGAGCAAACCUUCUUGUCUUCUGCUGGUGAACAGCUGACUUCCGAAACACCUACCCAAGAGCAGCAGAGUCAGAAUACAGCGCUGUCCGUCUGGGAUCAGCCAGAUGCAACGUUUCCUCACACAGAUGAAAAUGAAUGUGUCAUAUCUAAUGUUUUGACCGUGGAGUGUCAAGAAACAAAUCGGUGGGAAGAAGAAAAAUCGUACCCGAGUGAAAUAACAAAUUCCAGCAUUGCCUCAGAAGAUUUCCCGGCUGUCAGUUUUUCCACCCAGUUGAUAAAGAAGUCGGGCUCUGAAUGGGAUGUCUGUCCUCCUAGGGAGAGCCCCGAAGGCACAUUCGUUCCAGAUAUUUUACACGGCAACUCCCAGGAGGGUGGGCAACUGGCCUCAGCUUCGCCUGACUUGUGGAUAGAUGCUAAGCAGCCCUUCAGUUUGAAAGCAGAUGGUGAGAAUCCAGAUAUACUGACCCACUGUGACCGUGACAGCAAUUCUCAGGCUUCCAACAGCCCUGAUAUAUGCCAUGAUCAUGAAGCAAAGCAAGAGACUGAACAGCUCGUCAGGGCUGGAGUGGGACCAGAAGGGGAAGCCAGUGAGUUAUAUCUCACCGAGCCAAAGAUGGGUGAAGAACCCAAUCGGGAGCCUGGGCAGGAAUUUGUCCCAUACGAUUCAGAACUAUAUUCUGAAAAUGUAAUCCCACUGCCUCCGAUCAGUGAUCAAGUGAACAUAAGUGGCUCAUCUCAGCCUGCCUCUCAGAGAGGUUCUCCUGAACCUUCUGAAAUAAAUGGUGAAGGCAAUACAGGUUUAAAAGCAGCAGACAAAGUUGCUGCCCCAGAUGUAGCACCGGCUUUGGAACUCGUUGACAGAACAAUCUCAAUGAUGGAAAACGUGGGGACCGGUAUUUCUGUAACUCUCCAGGAGCCUACGAUGGACAGCAACAGCUUGUUGGUGUCAGAGGGCCUCUCUCCUGAGAGUCAGACAGAUGCAGGAGCCUUGUUGGACGAGGAGCAACUUUUUGCUACUGAGAAUUCUGCCACGGUUCCUGACGCCCCGUUAGCUUCAGACACUUGCCUGGACAUAAGCGAAGCUGCCUUUGACCACAGCUUCAGCGAUGCCUCAGGUCUUAACACAUCCACGGGCACAAUAGAUGACAUGAGUAAAUUGACAUUAUCUGAGGGCAAUCCAGAAACGCCAGUUGACGGGGAUGCAGGGAAGCAAGAGGUCUGUUCGUCUGAAGCCUCGUGGGGUGAUUUCGAAUAUGAUGUCAUGGGCCAAAAUAUCGAUGAAGAUUUAAUGAAAGAGCCUGAGUAUUUUCUCUAUGGCGGUGACCCUCCCUGGGAAGAAGACACCCUGAAGCAUUCGCUGGCACCUUACACACCCCCCUUUGAUUUGUCCUAUCUCACAGAACCUACCCUUGGUGUCAAAACAACAGAGGAAGCCGAGUCUCCAGAGGACGAGUCUCUAGGGGCCGAAGCAGCCGAGAUGCUGCUUUCCGCCCUUCCUGAUCAAAAAAGCAAAGAAAACCACGCCGAGACCCCCAACAGACAGCCUGGACAACUGGUUGUCCUGCAUAUUCAUGAAGACCCCGAGUCCGUUUCUUUGCCAGCAGGAGCCCACCCCAACCUUGAGCUGUCUCCGUCCAACAUCGACUGGGAAGUAGAGACAGAUAAUUCGGAUUCACCAGCAGGUGGAGACGUAGGACCACCAAAUGGUGCCAGCAAGGGAAUAUCAGAAUUGGAAGAAGAAAAAAGAAUUCCGACCCAAGGGCCUGAGCAGGUAACAGCGGAAUCCAGGGAAGAAAGGUACACAGAGAGGAAUGAAGAUAAUCACGCGGCACACAUGGGUUACAUACUUGUCAACCAUGAAGAAAAUUCACCCGCAAAGCCAGAGGCCUGCGAGGCAAGAGAAAACACAUCUGAAUUAGACGAGUUUCACGCAGGUUCUGAAGAAGAGAUGUCAGGAACUCAGCUGGCCGGCUUCCCGGAUUCAUGUCAGCUUGCCUCUUUAAAUGAAAGAGGAGAUCAUUCUGCAGAGAGACUGUCUCCCCAAGGUGAGAAGAGAUCGGCUCUUGAAAGCCCUGGGCAAGACCAGAAUUGGAUGGUCUUGGGCCAUAGCGAGGUUGGUGACGAGACGUUGGAAGCUAGGAACUCAGGGCCUGGAUGGGCUGGCCAAGCUGUGGAGUCAACCUCUGAUUGUGGCGUGGGCGAGGGUGCCCAGAUGCAAGUUCUAGGAGGCAUGAAGCCUCUGGAAUCCUUAGCCCUAGAGGAGGCCUCUGGUCUGGGCAGCCAAUCGCGGAAGAGCAAGAGCCGCGGCGGGGCUGACCCGGAUGCAGUUAUGCUGCAGGCUGUCGCCCAUGACAAUGAAUGGGAAAUGCUUUCACCACAGCCUUCUCAGAAAAACAUGAUCCUUGAAACGGAAAUGGAGGAGGAGACAGAGUUUCUUGAGCCCGGAACGAGGAAGCUGAGACCGAAUGGACUGCUGUCAGAGGAUGUAGGCAUGGACGUCCCCCUGGAGGACGGAAUGCUGAGUCCCAGUGCUGCAGACAUGAGGCCUGAACCUCCCAAUUCUCUGGAUCUUAACGACACUCCUCCUCGCAGGAUCAAACUCACUGCCCCGAAUAUCAAUCUUUCUCUGGACCAACAAAGUGAAGGGUCUGUUCUCUCUGAUGAUAACCUGGACAGCCCAGAUGAAAUCGAUAUCAAUGUGGAUGAACUUGAUACCCCUGAUGAAGCAGAUUCUUUUGAGUACACUGGGCACGAAAGUUCCACAGCUAACAAAGAUUCCGGCCAAGAGUCAGAGUCCAUUCCAGAGUAUACGGCGGAGGAGGAGCGGGAGGACAACCGGCUGUGGAGGACCGUGGUGAUCGGAGAACAGGAGCAGCGGAUUGACAUGAAGGUCAUCGAGCCCUACAGGAGAGUCAUCUCUCACGGAGGAGAUUCAGGUAACUUCUCUGCAGUGUUGCUGGACACAUGACCCUGGAAAGAAUGAGAAGAGUUGCGGGCUGGUGUGUGUGUGUGUAUGUUUUGGUUGCGACUGUCACAUCCUCCCUCCUCUCUCCAUCCCAUUUGCUGGCCGGCACACUUGUGUCCCAUCCCUCUCAUGCCUGUCUGUUCUGCCUCAGGUAAGGUUUGCAUUAUCGCUCCAGAGGGUCUCAGGAGGCCCCGCGGUGGCAUUGCUGAUGCACCUCAGCGCACACGCCCUGAACUCACCUCCUGGUUCCUGAGAAGAGAGCUAAAGUACAUGUUUUCAAAAAGCCAUCCUUCUAAUGAACUCUUCAGCUGCUGGCAGCCGACUUCCCUUGACUAAAGCUGCAAUAAGCUAAAUAUUAGCACAGAAAUCGGGUUAGCCGACCCCCUCGAAGGCAUGUGCGAGGAACCAAGAGCAAACAGACCCAUUCCUUCCAGUUACCGCCCUUUGCCAGCAAGGACGAUCUGAAAUAUCUCCCGAGCCUGACAGCAGUGGCACCAGAUCUGGGUUGGGAAGGAGAACUUGCCCGAAGAAGUCUUUUUCUUCUCGUUCCUUUCUUGCGUCUUCCACCGUCUCUCCUCCUCUUCCCUUCCUCUGUCUCCUGCCUCUUCUUCCCUUCCUGCAGCUCCUCUGCCCAAAACUACGAAACUCCACCUUCACUAGUGAAUUUCAGGCAUUUUUGUAUAAAGAGACAUUCCUGACUUAGACGAUGAUCAGGACGUGGCGAGCUGAUUCUUCAGUAUCCCUUCGAGUUAAUGAGCCUGGGUGAACGUGACACCACAGCAUUCCAAGGACAGGCACAUUGACACAAAGAGCUGAAAUGCCAUUUAAGAUGACUUCUGAAGUACUGUUUAGAAACCUCGGACUGUCCUUAAAAAAAAAAAAAAAAAAAAAUUAGAAUUAGAAAUUCUCCAGAAACGGGAACAGAAAUCAAAGUAGCUGAGUGGUCAUGACCUUGAAGUUAGGUUGACACCCUGGAGCCAAGCAGCUACAUUUACAGAGAUGCUUUUGUACUUGUUUUUAAGUUGGAUUCAUUAUGUCUAUUCUCUCUUUGAAUGAACCCGGUCCUUGGCAUUGUGCGCAGUCUAAAUGGCCUACCUUUGUGGUGUUAGCAUUGGUGUAGCAAAGCCACUGGUAUCCUUUGUGGAUUUUCAUUGGGUUCUGAAUCUGUUUAAAUGAAAUUGUUCGGUGGAACAAACACUUCUUGUAUUACAAUGUAUCUCCUGCCAUCUUCCUUCACAUCUCGUUCUUAAAGAAGUUGGUAACUACCUGCAUGUUGGAAGAGGCAGAACAAAGCAAAUAAUCCAUAGGGAAGCCACGGCAAUCCUGUUUUGCAAACAUGGGUUACAUCGGGUGUAUACUUACAUAGGUAGCAUUUUCUAACACGUGUGGAGUAAACACUGCAUCCAACAACCUCAAAUUAGUCAUACACACAAACCCAUAAUUUGAUAUAUUUUUAGUUGGUAUCACUCUUUUCCCCCACCUCUUUUGUGGUAGGGUCAUACUGUCUUUGUAGAGAAUGUCUUAUUAAGCUGCUUUUCAAGAGUUAAGCCCAUCCAAGUCUACAUCCAGCCUGUAUUUUCCUGCCAUGUAAUCACCAGAGGGGUAUUUAGAGUUCUGAAAAAAUGAAACGCACUGAGUUCAGAUCAGGCUUGAGGGUAUGUCCCGUCUGCCUACUCAGAGCUUUGAGGCAAUCUCUACGUAAUGAUUCUGAAGUCCAGACCUAUGUUAUAUGACAAAAAUUCCAAGUGUUUAUGAAGGGACAUUAAAAAAUGAAAACACGGUGCAUUCCUUCAUUUUUAAGUCUGAAGGACACGAGAGACUCCACGCACAAACCCGUGGAGGUUUGACCAACAGCUGCCAUGAGUGUCCAAGAUAAGCUCUGAGGGAACACGGAGCUUAGAGAAUGCCACACAGCUUUCAGAUAUGGGUAGAAUGUCCUAAGAUGUCCCUAUAUUUUUCUUGACCCUUGGAGUUCACACUUGCCUUUUAUUUUCUCACACACGUGUGUAUAGCACCCCCACCUCUGCUUCAUGUCCACGUCACCAGGAAGUAAUUCUCAAGUUUUCUCAGAAGCACAUAUUGUCGUAAAACGCAAAGAGAGGUUGGCUUUCACCAGGCCUUUCUUGAAUUUGUUCUUUUUUAAAAAGAUGAGGCUCUGUAUUCUGUGCUCAGUGACUCUGGGCCUGGCCAGAACUUUCCAUGUGUCAAUGCACUGUCUGUUGAAUCUGGAGAUCCCAGGGACACUACAGGCAAGUGAACCAGUCCACAAAAUCAAAAUAAAGGUGUUUUGCUUGUUAACCUAUUAGUAUCUGGUCACUGGAGUAUGUGAGCCUGAUUAUAUUGUAGUUCAGUGACUAGAUUUUCCCUUUAAAUUAACGAGAGUCUGAGAAAAACAGCUAACAAGGAUCAGGGAGAGCCUCUUAGCCAUUAAAGGACUGAAGCAUUAUAUAUUAGAAACCUGUAAGUCAAAACCCCCAUCCUUUGCUAAGUUGAAUAUUUAUAUACCCCAUUCAUGACUAUGUACAACACAUAUAAUCGUCCAUAAUCAAUGGAUAUGCCAUUAAUGCAAAUAUAUUUACACUGUAUAUUUAAGGCUGUAUACAAUAUACAUAUAUUAUACUCUAUGAUAACCACUGAAAAUAAGGUUAUGUACUUACAGAAGUAUAGCCUAUAUAAUACUCACUUAAAGAUCUGUUACAUUUACGCACACACGCUUGCCAAAGCUUCCAGAUUUGCCCUUUAGGUUAAAUAUUAUCUUGUUAAGAGCUUUCAGUUGGUCACAAAUGUCUUUUUGUUUGUC